AUGGCGACUCAUGGCCAAACUACCGAUGAUCUUCUCUCCAAGUUGGCUGAAGACAUCGAGACAGAUGAGCAGAUGGAGAGCUUAGGACGAUCACUUGGAUUCAAACAUGCAGCUCUCAGUAGAUACACAGAGACCAACAGACUAGAAGGACGGGUCACGUGCAAGGGAACACGUGACAUGCUGUUUGACUGGAGACAGACUGUGGAGCCUGCCGACCAGCAUCCCAGGCUAAAACAAGCUCUCAUUGAUGCUCAUCUAGUCAUGCUUGCUGAAACUCAUCUCGAGGGGGCUUCACGUACUCCAGAUAUAUUCGGCAAGAAGAUCUCGGAAUCAUUGACUGUGGGACAAUGUCGUGAAAAAUUGAGACACAGGUACCUCGAUAAACUGUGCAAAAUUCAACUGAAGCCCUGGGAUAAAUCAAAUUACGCUGAGCUAAAAGAUUUGCAUACGGUUGUAACAAUGAUGAUGAAAGACUCGAUUGGAAGAGAUACACAAAAGAAAGAAGAACUUGAGGGAUAUGUUGAUAAGAUAUUUUCUACCAAAGUAAACGGGAGACUACCAUCUCGAAUCCUUAUAUCAGCUCCAGCUGGAGUAGGGAAGACAACAGCUGUUGCAAAGAUAGCAUAUGACUGGGCUGAAGAAAAAAAAGAAUCGGCAUUGGAACACUUGCCACUUCUUUUUGUUGUUAAAUUUCGUAACACAAGCCACAGGACAACGAUCGGAGAAGCAAUCAAAUUUCAGCUUUUAAGCGAUGUUGAUGAUCUCACACCGAAGGGAAUUGAGAGUUUCAUCCGUAGAAAUCAAGGGAUCUGUCACAUCAUACUAGACGGGCUGGAUGAAUAUGCUGGCAUUUCUUCAACGAGCAACAUUAUCAGUGUCAUUCGAUGCGAGGAGUUUCCAGAAAGUCGGAUCCUUGUAACAACACGCCCUCAUCUAGAAAGCUACUUCAAUCAAGAUGACCUUCCAAGGGUGUACACAAAAAUGUGGAUCGAAGGAUUCUCGAUGGAGAGUUCAAGAGAGUACAUCGACAGAUUCUUCACACUGUCUUCGAUUGAUGAAAAGGGGGGUAAGCUGAAAGAAUACCUCAACGACCAACCACUCAUCGAUGAACUUGUCAAAACACCUCUCUUUUGUCUUAUGAUCUGUCACCUGUGGAGUGAAGAUCAACUAGGCAGUGGUGUCAGUACCCAAACAGAUUUGUUUGACAGCGUGAAUAAAUUUCUAAUGCACCAUGCAAAUGCUCGCUCGGGGUUAACAUUCACUCACAAAAACUUAGAAGGAAUAGUUAACGAAAUUGGGAGAGUUGCGCUCUACGGUCUACUCGAUGAUGCAAAAAAACUAAUCUUCACGCCCCAAGAUUUCCGUAGAGUUCCUGGUAUCCUUGAUAAGGCAUGCGAUCUCGGAAUAGUAUCCAAGACGACAGUGCCAAUCACAAACCUUCCUCAGUCAGACGAGACCACUUCCACUCAAAUUGAAUUUUAUCACAAAUUAGCACAAGAACAUUCGGCGGGCAAAUUCAUAGCUAGUGAAACAUGGCGCAUACUAUUCCGGUUAAGAGUAUCUAAGUUGGACCGAAUAUUGCGAAAGAUAAAUUCAAACAUCGGAGACUAUGAGCAACUCAUCCGAUUUGCUGCUGGCACAGACAGGCACCUAGGAAUACGAAUAAUGGAGACACUCCUUGCAAACGAGAAUUUGGAAGAGAACGAACGGUACCGUAUUCUACUUGACUGUUCGUCAGAGUCUACAGACAGUGGAGGGGACAUGUCUUCGUUGGUUCAAAGAUGCGUCACUGCACAGAGUAUAAUUCUGAAGUCACCAACUAUCUACACUGUCGUUGGGCUGCAAAAUCUUCCCAAGCGACUGCAACGUGAGGUAAGAACAAUGAGGUUCAUGGAGUCUGUGCUUACGGCUGACGUGACCAGACGAAUGUGGUCCUGUCUCAAAUUAUUCCCCAGUUUAAAUACCAUAAACAUCACAGACUCUUCUCUUAGUUUCCCAUCAUCUCUUCCUAAGCUCUCGUCAUUUACUCAUUUGUCAGGCGAGAGAAUGACGCCUAGCUCUUACAAAAGCGUCCUCUCAUCUCUACCUAAUGCAAGGGAACUUAAUGUAUCAAUCGCUAUCGAAGAUACGAGCAACACUUUCGAGAUAACAACCGAUACCAAGCGUAUGGAACAAAUUGUAUAUCGUCAACACGAUAUCAACACGAUCAAUGUGACACUUCAACAAUGUGUGUCACAGUCAUUGGGUGAAGUCAAUUUGGGAUUGAAAUCUGGAGGGCUUGCCCUUCUAUUUGGGGAACAAUCUCGGAAUCAGCACCUACUAUCUGUUUCUGGUGAUAUGGGCAGAUACGGAGAAACCCUGGUUGACCUGUUUGUCAAGACGACACAACUUACCUACUUGAAUUCUCCGUAAGUAUUUUUUUCUCUCAUUAACAAAACCAGAUCACCUUUCUAUUCUCGCCUACCCCUUUCCUGAUCUACAUUAAUUGUCCAAUUCAGAUCUUAGUUUACUCCAUGCGUGAAAUGUAGCCAAACAGACUGAGAGAAAGCUUCUGUGGGUGUCGUGGACUCUCUUUAUGUAUUUCUAUUAAUUUGCUUUGUUCAGUAUUCCUUUUCGUUUGUUUUUUUAACAGAUAUAGAUAUUGUCUUUGAUAAAGUCGUUGUUUCAUCCUUCAGAUAUAAUUAUGAAAGGCUAACAUGCAAAAGGGACUAAAUCCAUUUUUAUCAUUUGGCAUUUUCUUGCAUGUUUUAAUGGAUAUUCACCAUGUUCAUCAAACUGAUUAUA